AUUUAGUAUAUUGAUCGACAGAAAGGCAGAAGCAUUUUCUCUGUAGCCUAAUAUAUUUCGUCUAACAACAUAUAAUGUUUUCUAUAUUUGUUUCCUUAACUAAUAUGUAAGGAAAAUACACGUUCUCUCUCUUCCUCGUUUCAAUUUCCCAAAAACUCGCUGAACCAGAUUUCAUGAGACAGGUGCGUUUUUAAAACGGCAGAAGACGGUCCACUGAAAGAGGAAGACAGGAUUAAGAUUAUAUCUCCAUUAAAAGUUCUCCACGAGUUUGUGCAAAUUCAAUGACCCACUAUGGCAGUAAACUUGAGUAAAAACGGAAUCGCGCUUACAGACGCAUAUAACGAAGUGGUGAACGGGAGAACGGCCACAAACUGGGUGUUGUUCACCUAUGAAGGAAACAGUAAUGACAUUCGGGUUGCAGGGAAGGGAGAUGGUGGGCUUGAAGAAAUGGUGGAGGAACUGAACAGCGGUAAAAUCAUGUACGCCUUCUGUAAAGUGUUGGACCCCAGCUCUGGAGUUCCCAAGUUUGUGCUCAUCAACUGGACUGGCGAGGGAGUCAAGGACAUUAGAAAGGGUGUUUGCGCCAACCACGUUCAUUCAAUGGCCAAUUUUCUGAGGGGUGCCCAUGUGACCAUCAACGCUCGAUCAGAUGAUGAUGUUGAACCUGCUGCCAUCAUGGAGAAGGUGGCCAAGGGCUCAGGCGUCAACUACAACAUCCACAAAGAAUCAAGCCAGAACAAUAAUUGUGAACCUCUUGGACGUGUGGGUUCUGUCUAUAAAAAGGUCAGUGCUUUAGAUGAAAUCCAAAUUACAGACAGAGACAACUUCUGGGUUCAGGCUGAGCAAGAUGAAAAGAACCGGCGGCAGGAGGAGCGCAGGAAGGCAAAUGAGGAGAGGCAGCGUCUGGAGAAAGAACGGAGGGAGCAGGACGCUCGAGAGGCAAACGAACGAGAACAAAGGCGGAGGGAGAGAGAGCAAGGGAUCGACCAACAGAGGCUGUUUGAAAAGAAACAAGAGGCAGGAAAUAAAGAACAGGAGCAAAAAAAAUUGGAGAAAGAGCAGAAGGAACACCAGUCUCCUGUCAAAGCAGGAAUAUUGCGAUCUGAGUCUGUGCAGAAGGCCAAUUUUACACACUAUCAUUAA